AUGGCCUCUCCAAUGCGCAAAACUAUCGUAGCGUGUCGCUACUCUGUUGAUAUACCAUCCCAGCGAACGAACUCUUUCUAUCUUCUGUGCAAUACUGACUAUUCCGGUUAUCUUCUGCGCAAGAUCAAUUAUUCCAAUUAUCUUCUGCGCACAUCAUAUGUUCCGGUUUAUCUGUACACUCCAACCGCUACAUUCUUUCACUUUCUCUGUCAUUCUCUGUUUCUUUCGCUCAAUGUUUUACUCUCUCACUCUGUCAAUCUAGCCUUCUCUCUCUCUCUAAUUAUGUUUAAUUUCUUCUCGCCAUUUUCUUGCUAUCUAAAUCGUUUUAUUAUCUAUCUAUCUAUCUAUCUAUCUAUCUAUCUAUCUAUCUAUCUAUCUCAGUCUGUUUUGUCUAUCUAUCACAUUUGUUCAUACUUAUCUAUCUAUCUAUCUAUCUCAGUCUAUUCAUACCUAUCCGUCUAUCUUUCUAUCUCAUUCUAA